AAGAUGAGCUAGUUCCUCCACAGAUGAUGAAGCUGCUGCGCGUUUGCUGAGGAGUGAGGGUUUUGUCUUCAAAAUCUGCAAGGGAUUGGGGCUUAGGGCUGCUCAACAAGUCAACAGAGGAUUUGGGGUGGGAUGAUCUCCAAUUAAAAGAAACCCUAACUCAGAGCAUUAGCAGUGAUAGAUUCAAAGAAGGGGAAACGUUUCUUCGGAACACGAUAGUUUGAAGAGAAAGAAAUGGACCGAAUAUCUGUUAUGCCAAAAUUUAUACUUCAUGACAUCCUCGGAAGGUUGCCAGACAAAGAUGCUGCAAGGACUAGUGUUUUGUCAAAGUCGUGGAGAGAAACAUGGUUUUCAUUUCCCAUAUUGUCUGCUUGCGACAAGGAUUUUAUUAAUUUGCAUGAAUCACCAUUAUAUCCAGAAGGUGCUCGUUUGCUUAGCAAAUUAGAUACAUUCAUUGAGUAUGUGAGUAAAAGAUUGAGGCGGCUCCGUAACCAAGGAUUAGCAGUCAAAAAACUUAAGCUCAAUACGCAAUAUAUAUCUAAUAAGAUGCUUGUGUCACGGUUCCACCAUGUUGAUGAAUGGAUACAGAUGGCAAGUGAAAGUGGUAUCGAAGUACUAGAGCUUAACCUCGCUCUUAGCCUGGACAAAUUAUAUAACCUUCCACUUUGUCUCACUGAAGCCAAGUCACUCACUAAGUUGGUGUUGACUGGGGGAAUCAGACUUGACCCAGCAUUCUUAAACCAUUCACUCAAGUUUUUCUCAGUGAGAAAAUUGCUUUUUCAUAGUAUACUUAUUGGAGAUGAAAGGGUUAUGGAGCAUUUCAUUUCACAUUGUCCUCUAGUUGAACAUUUAAGUCUUACUCAUUGUCUUCUAUAUAAACCUUUAAGUGUAGCAGAUCCACCCGGUUCUAGGGCCAAUUAUGUGAAAUCGUUAAGCUUGCAUGGUCUACAAAAGCUGAAGCGAGUUGAAGUUCAAGGAAUAGAAGACGUAUAUAUUGAUGCUCCGAAUCUUGAGAAUUUAUGCUAUCUUGCUGGUAUUGUGGAUGCAUCUUUCAAGCUGAAUUUAGAUAGUUACAAAAAGUUGAGAUGGUUGAGCUUAUUUUGUGUGAGAGUAGAGAUGUGGUUACUUGAACAAUUGCCCAAGAUUCCAUUCCUUGAGAAUUUGAUAUUGAAACAUUGUUCUUUGUGUGAGAGGAUUAAUAUUUCAGGUUCUCAACUCAAGUUCUUGGAGUUAACAAAUUGCUCUAACUUGAAAGAGAUCAAUAUUGAUGCUCCAAAUUUAUUAUCAUGUGAGUAUAGUGGAAAAGACGAACCUGUUAUAUCUUUUCGUGGAAUUUCUAAUCAACUGGAUGUCAGUGCUCAUAUCCACUUGAAUCAUCAGGAUGUUGAUAGAUUGAGGCAAUUUAUCCAAAACAUUGAGCCCCAAGAGGUUUUGACGUCUCUGUCCGUUUUUAUCAUCCAACCAUAUCCUAUUAUAGAAAGCGUAGAUAUAUUGCAAGGUUCAUCAUCUCCACCAAGUAUUAAACACAUGCAAUUAUCUGCUGUCUCGGAUAGGCAAACUUGCUUUUUUCCGGUUAUGAAUUGGUUGCUUUCAAGUUGCUUCCCGGAAACUAUUUCAUUCAGCUUGCAUUACAGUUUUAAUUUGAGGGCAUUCAUGGUGUAUUUCUAUGAGAUGCUGAUGGGAAGCAAGAAGGGCGAGUGCUAUUGCUAUUCAAGGGGUCCUGAGUGUUGGUGGCAUGGCUUGAAAGUUGUCAAGAUCACACAUCUAGAAAGGAUUUAUGAAAAUGUUGAAGAUCUCAAGGCCAUGUUAAAUGCAUUGCCCUUAUCUCGUAAUUACGAUGAAGAAUUUAUCACUUUUACCUUAGAGUUGUAAUCUUGCUAUUAUUAGCUGAUGGGCAUUCCUCGUUUCUAUGAUGUGCCUAUACUUUUAUUUUAGUGGUUAAGUUUGAAUCUUUUUUCUUAAAAUUUUUUAA